UCGUAAUUUAAUCUUAUUUCAGGGGCUGUAAAUGACCAAUAAUUUAUCAUAACUUGCGGUUAGAUUUGAAGCUUUUUCCAAAACGAAACAGAGUAGCCAUGAAAUCUGCACUUUUAAACAUCCAAUCCCUUCUUCUUCUAGCGACAACUCUUCUCCAAUCACAUUACGCCACGUCACGAAUCCCCAUCAUCCAUUCCUAUCCCCACCUCUCCCUUUCCGUCAAGGACUACGGCGCCACGGGCACCGGCCUCCAAUACGACACCGUUUCGAUCCAAUCCGCCAUAGACGACUGCUCCUCCGCCUUUUUCCUCCACCGCCGUCGCUGCCUGGUCAAAUUCCCCCCCGGCAAAUACCUAACCGCCACUCUAUACCUAAAAACCGGCGUCACGCUGAACAUUUCGGAGAACGCCACCGUCCUCGGCGGCACCAGGCUGGAAGACUACCCGGAGAAGCAGGACAGAUGGUACGUGGUGGUGGCGGAGGAUGCGGCGGAUGUGGGGAUCACCGGCGGCGGGGAGAUCAACGGCCAGGGUUUGGAGUUCGUGAAGAGAUUCGACGAGAGGAAGAACGUGAUGGUGAGCUGGAACGAGACCGGCGCGUGUUUGGGAGACGAGUGCAGGCCGCGACUGGUGGGGUUUAUUGGGUGCAGGAACGUUAGGGUUUGGGAUGUCAGCUUCAACGAACCUGCUUACUGGUGCUUGCACGUAGUUCGUUGUCAAAACACGUCGAUUCACGACGUUUCAAUCUACGGGGAUUUCAAUUCUCCUAACAACGAUGGCAUAGAUAUCGAAGAUUCAAACAAUACACUCAUAACAAGAUGCGUUAUAGACACGGGCGAUGAUGCUAUAUGUCCGAAAACGUACACGGGUCCCAUCUACAAUCUAACUGCCACCGAUUGCUGGAUUAAAACAAAGUCGUCGGCCAUCAAGCUCGGGAGUGCUAGCUCGUAUGCUUUCAAACAUUUGAUUUUCGAUAAUAUAACCAUCGUAGAAUCUCAUAGAGGCCUCGGAUUACAAAUUCGAGAUGGAGGAAAUGUUAGUGACAUCACCUUUUCGAACAUUAACAUCACAACUAGAUACUACGAUCCAUCAUGGUGGGGCAGAGCAGAGCCGAUUUACGUCACAACAUGCCCACGCGACAGCAAUUCGAAAGCGGGGUCCAUCUCCAAUCUCCAAUUCAUAAACAUCACAUCAGUUUCCGAAAACGGCGUUUUCUUAUCCGGUUCAAAAGGUGGAAUCCUUAGCGAUUUAAAGUUUGUUAACGUGAACUUAACUUACAAAAGAUGGACAAACUACACCGAUGGGCUUGUUGACUACAGACCAGGUUGUCAAGGUCUGGUCAAUCAUAGUACCACUGCAGGGUUUGUAAUGGAGCAUAUUGAUGGAUUGGUUUUCGAAAAUGUGAAUAUGAGAUGGUCCAAAGAGAAAACGGGAUUGUGGAAUAUUCCUCUCGAUUUUCGGCCUUCAACUGUUAAUAAUGUUUCUUUGCUCCAUUUCUAUUCUGGAUUAUACAGAGGAGAAAACAAAGAUGUUGAGUAUUUUUAAGAACGUCUCGAUUUUUCACUCCAACUUAUUAUAAGUUACGUUUCUGUUUGAGUUGCUAAAAGCAAGGAGCGUUUUUUUUCAGGCACUUGCUAAUUGUUGUAAAAGUUACGUGAAAUACGACAUUUGUUCGAUUUUUUCA